UCCCACAUUCAACAGGAGGAACCCGCGGGAGAGCAGACCCGACCCCCUUCACAACCACAGCCUGUGCGCCCCGCGGCCCCUCGAGCGCCAUGGCCAAGGAAGGCGUAGAGAAAGCGGAGGAGACCGAACAGAUGAUUGAGAAGGAGACCAGCAAGGAGCCUGCUGAGGGCGGCGACGGCUCCCACCGCCUCGGGGAUGCCCAGGAGAUGCGCGCUGUGGUGCUAGCCGGCUUCGGCGGGCUCAACAAGCUGAGGCUCUCUAGAAAGGCCAUGCCGGAGCCACAGGACGGCGAGCUCAAGAUCCGCGUCAAAGCCUGUGGUUUGAACUUCAUCGACCUGAUGGUGCGACAGGGCAACAUUGACAACCCUCCCAAGACCCCCUUGGUGCCAGGAUUCGAAUGUUCUGGGAUUGUUGAAGCUCUGGGGGACAGCGUAAAAGGAUACGAGAUCGGAGACCGCGUCAUGGCAUUUGUCAACUACAAUGCCUGGGCUGAGGUGGUCUGUACUCCAGUGGAGUUUGUCUACAAGAUCCCCGAUGACAUGAGUUUCUCUGAGGCUGCUGCUUUCCCCAUGAAUUUCGUCACCGCGUACACAAUGCUCUUUGAGAUUGCCAACCUCCGCGAAGGCAUGUCCGUGCUCGUGCACUCAGCCGGCGGUGGAGUGGGUCAAGCUGUGGCUCAGCUGUGUUCUACCGUCCCCAAUGUGACCGUCUUUGGAACAGCCUCUACUUUCAAGCAUGAAGCCAUCAAAGACUCUGUGACCCACCUCUUUGACAGAAAUGCAGACUACGUGCAGGAAGUAAAGAGGAUCUCAGCUGAAGGUGUGGACAUCGUUUUGGAUUGCCUGUGUGGGGACAACACUGGCAAGGGGCUCAGUCUCCUCAAACCUCUGGGGACCUACAUUUUAUAUGGUUCUUCCAACAUGGUAACUGGAGAGACCAAGAGUUUCUUUAGUUUUGCAAAGUCAUGGUGGCAAGUGGAGAAAGUGAACCCCAUCAAGCUGUACGAAGAAAACAAAGUCAUUGCAGGAUUUUCGCUCCUCAAUCUGCUCUUCAAGCAGGGCCGCUCAGGCCUCAUCCGAGGGGUGGUAGAGAAGCUCAUUGGGCUGUACAACCAGAAGAAGAUCAAGCCAGUGGUGGAUUCCCUAUGGGCCCUGGAGGAGGUAAAAGAGGCCAUGCAGCGCAUCCACGACCGAGGGAACAUCGGGAAGUUAAUUCUGGAUGUGGAAAAGACCCCAACCCCGCUGAUGGCCAACGACAGCACAGAGACCAGUGAAGCGGGAGAGGAAGAAGAGGACCAUGAAGGGGACAGCGAGAACAAAGAGAGGAUGCCCUUCAUCCAGUAAGCCAGACCUCGCAUCGGUGAAAGUGGAGGAUGGCUGGGAAGAAGAUGGCCGCCAGGAGAACUCUUCUGUGCUCCCAGUGAACCAAUGCUGUAGUCCAGUGUGUGUCGUGUUUGUCCGCAGUCGGCCAAGCUAAGAAGCUGUUGAUCACUGUUGUGUUUGGAAUUAAGUGCCAAUCCCAUUCCAUGCAGUAUUGUGUCCCUUCCUGGUCUGUGUAUCACGCUCUCCCCUCUCCCUUGAAGCAAACCCAUCCUUCUUCGGGUCCCUCUUGACAGUUCUAGAAUAGCCUUGCAAACUAAUACUAGCCCACAGGGCCCAAUGUCAGGAACCAGGCCACGUUUGAUUGAAAGGUGUUGUCACGGAGCCCUGUUCAGAUCCCCACUCUUCUUCGGGCCAAUGACACUCUUUGCCUGCCAACAAUCAGUCAUGCCUCUAAGCAUGGCACUUAUCAGUUUGGCUAGUGACAAGAGAGUAGGCCAGGAGUAUUCACGAUCCUAUACAUACAGAAUUCUCCAAGCAGUUACUUUGUCACUUUCUCUCUUAAGUGCUACAUCCCGGUGUGUGUCUCUGCACCUUAAGGUCUGAGCCUCUCUUCUUUAAAGCUCCUCCCUGGUUCUUAUUUAUAAACCCAGGGAGGCAGAUGUGGGUUCUUUCCUGGAUAGAGGUGGGUCAACAGCAUCUAUCUAAGGGCAAGCUACAGAGAUCUCUCCUCUGAAACUGUAUCUCACGAGCAAAGUCCUCCCUGUGCCCAAUGUAGACCCAACUCAGACGUCAUUGAACUUACCUGGGUUCUCACUUGCAGCCUUUGUAGUUACCAACCACUCUUUUUCAGCUCCUUCCCAGGAAACACCUUUCCCGAGGAAGAACCCCCUGGAAGACAAGUAAUUGAGGUUGAAAAGUCAACUGGUUUCUCUUGCCUGUUCAAAGCCCUUUCGAAUGUGUCACACACCCGAGGGACACAGAUGGUGGCUGCCCAGCAUCUGACGACAAGUGCGUGAUCCCCCCUCUCCCAACACACAGAACCACGGUGCUGAUUUGCAGGUCCCUUAGAGGUCAGAGGCCAAACCGCUCGAUCAAAUACCCUGUUCAAUGUCCCAGCUUGAAAGGGACAAUUCUCAUCCUCCCCAAUAGGCUUUCGAAGUAACACCAGUUACCACAGAGGAAGAGGGGUCUCCCUCCCUCUGCAGAGGGGUUGCUUACUGCCUCCCUCCCCGGCCCUUCUGUCCUAAGAGGUCACACACCCUGUCACUCACAAACCGAGCUAGAUAUAAAAGGCACCCCCGUAAUGAGCACCCCUGAGCUUAUUUUCGUCUUCUGGAAGACCCAAGUGGGUUCCCAUGACCUUGGGUUGGUGUUCCAAGUUUCUAAACGUCCUUGAAGACUUAAGAGGGCUCCAAUGUUGCCCACUUUUUUCCACUUAUCACUUCAGGGUAGGCCCCAUUUUCCCAGGUGGGCUGGGAAGGAACGCGUCUCCACAAUUCCCCGCCCUGCUUGGUUUGCAGAGUAGCCACUCGCCUGUCAUUUGCCGUGUUCCUUUAUCUCGAUCCUGAUCUUGCGAUGAUGACUUCUUGAUGCCAAAUAUUUACCUGAAGGGAGUCUUUCCUCACUGUGACAGGGAAAGUCAAAUAGGAAGAUGAGAAAAGAAGCUGCCAGCCAAUAGGCCAAGGGGUGCGAAUACGCGAAAGAGUGCCAGUCACAGAUCCUUAUUUUCUACCCCUGGGGGAGAGAUGCUAUCAAGAAUAUCACGUACUCAGUCCCAUUUCCACCAUAACCAUGCUCAAGGGUGGGUAGACCUGAGGACCACUCUCUGAGCGCUACACUUACGAGUGUGUAGAAAUAGCCUUUUGGAAAGGCUAAGAUCAGAGUCAGGAAGGUCCGCCUUCAGGCGACACAGAACCUGGCCCGCAUUCAGAAUCCAGACGGUCUGGUCAUGUACAACCAAGAAGCCUCGGGAAGUCAUCUUCCCCAAACCUGUUUCGUUUGUUUCAUUUUGGAAAACCAUUGAUCACACAUGAAAACCCUCUCCCUCUCCUGAGAACACAGAAAGAGAGCGUUUGAGUGUGAGCAGCAGCGCCAUGAAGAACAGGAGGGUGGGUGGGUGAGGGACAACCGGAAUCGGUCAGUCAUCCUGUGGACCUUCCUUCUCGUGGCUGUUUCCUGGAGGAAGUGUAAAGAGUGUCUAUGUUUGCCUUAAGGGAGCUUUGAAGGCUUCUUGGAAGGUCGAGCUUUACUAGAACGAACCGAACAUCGUCUAAAUGUGUCUGUGGCUUCAGAGCUUUCGUUAUAUUGUUAUAUUGUGCCUAUAAAGCAAAUUAUGUUUACAUAAAAAUAUAAUAAAGUAUUCAGCAUAGCA